AUGCAAAUUAUUUGUGAUUUUUUUAAAAAAGCACCAGAAACUGAAGCUUAUUUUAUAGAUAUUAUAUUAUUGUUAAAAAAAGCCUUUAAUCUAAUAAAAAAUAAAUCUGUUUUAAAUGCUAAAUCAGCUCUUCUUAAAAUUGAUUUUAAAAAUCUUAUUAAAAAAGGAAAAGAAAUGGUUGAAAGCAUAAAAAUAACUAAUCAUGAUGAAAUUUUAAUAAGAAUUGUUUUGUCAGAAGUGGCAAAAUUUUGUAAAUAUGAUUGGCUUCUUGAGCAAAUAAAAAAAAUGUUAUUUAAAUUGGAAAUAACACAUAUGAAUAAAAAAAUAAAAUUUAAAAUAUUUUGUUUCUGUGGAGAUCAUUCUUUUUUACAAGAUGUUUUCAAUUUACCAAAAAGUUUCAUAGGAGAAGGUGGUUCUUGUUGCAGAACAUGUUUGAUAGAAGGAAGAAACUUUAAAAAUAUUUUAAAAUGUGAAGAAGCAAACAAAAUUGAUAUACUUAGAAAAAAAAAAUUUUCUUCUGCACUUGAAUAUCCUCUCAAUGAAUAUAGUGAUUCAUUUCACGAUAUUUUGGAAGGAAUUCUUGGAAAUGUUUUUUUUGUAAUUGUUCAAAAAAUGACAUUUUAUGAUAACAAUUACCAACGACUUCCAAAUGUAACAAUGAAUUGGAAUCCACAAUUAGCUCUUGGAAGAGCUCUUCUUUAUUUAAUGACAGAAAAUGAAUAUGCUUUUUUAUUUGAAAAUGUAAAUAAUGAAGUUUUAAUUGCUUCAAAAAAAUCACUUAGUAAGAUAUUAAAAAUUUAUUAUAUUAUUAAUACAAAAAAUGAUUUAACUGAUAACAAUUUAAAAAACUUUGAAAUAUUAAUUAAUAAUUUUCUAAAGUAUUCUUUUGAAUAUGUCGUUGAUGAAGCAAAAUGUUCAAUGAAAUUUUAUUCAUUGCUGCAUUAUCCAAUUUAUGCUAAAAGAUAUAGAAAUUUUGUUGCAAUUUCAUGUAUACGUUUUGAGUCUAAAAAUAGAAUAAUUAAAAAACUUUAUGCAAUUUCAAAUAACAAAAAGAAUCCAGCAUAUACAGUAAUUGGAAAAAUAGGAUUAAUUUAUUUAAUUAAUAAUGAAAUAAAUAAUACUGAUUAA